AUGGAGCUGACUGGAAGUUGUCGUGAUGGUAAAUCAGAGCGGGCGGGCGUUGAACGAACGACGGAUGCAGCAGCUGGGACGAGGAGGCGGAGUUGGACACGCCAACUUUCAAGAGACCGGCACGCAGCAGCAGCAGACGACGACGACGACGAGGAUGAGAACGAGGCAGCUCUUCUUGUGGUGUCUGCAGCCGCCUUCUCUCCGCAUUGA